GGAUCGGUCCUCCAUAACCAGGACCUCGGCUCUUAAAAAGAGAGCUAUUUUUAAUGCCGUUUGGCCAGAAGCCUUCUUCCAGACAACCUUGAUCCAGGUGUUUUCAUGGAUGAUUUUAAAACCAAAGUGGAAGAGGGAAAUAAAGUUGCAUUUUACAAAGCUAAACCUUUUUUCCUUCAUUUCUUUUUUCGACACAAAAUAUAUUUGGAGAAGUUGGGAGUGGUCCAAUGUCCAAUCCCGCCUCCAUAGUGAAGUUGCAGGUCUUGGAGAGAAGUGCCUUGUCCUCCUCCAUGAACUCCUCGCUCCAAACCCGACACUACCACCAUGGAACUUCGCACCGCACUGAUCUGUCUCUGUCUCGCCGUGGGCUUUUAUAGGUCAGACACUAAUUUGACUAGUGAUUUAGUUUUGGUUCCUUACGAUUUCCUCUAUGACGCGGCGGUGGAAGCCUACUAUAAAGGAGACUGGCUGGCAGUCAUCCUGAACAUGGAGAAGGCCAUCAGGAACAAAGCUACGGUCCGAGACGUGAAGGUUCAGUGCCGGCUGCAAUGUGCCAACCAGUCCGUUUUCGGCGAGCCUUUAGUGGGCUUGGAACUUCCCAUUCCCGGGGCCGGUUCGGUGGAGGAUUUAAGCUUUUUCCAGAAAAUCCUAAAGCGGGCAGACUGUGUUAAUUCCUGCGAAACCGAGAAGCUCGGUUGUCUAACUUUGCAUCAAGUCAGCGAAGAAGUGGAGCUGGAGUUUGGGAAGAGGACUCCGUACAACUACCUACAAGUGGCCUAUUUCAAGAUCGAUAAACUGGACAAGGCCGUGGCAGCGGCCCACACCUUCUUCCAGGCCAACCCGGAUCACAUGGAGAUGAAGCAGAACCUGGAGUACUACAGGAUGAUGGCAAGAGUAGAGGAGGAGAACUUCAAAGAUCUGGAAGCUAAGCCACAUAUGGCCGAGUUUCUGAUGGGAAAGAGCUUCUAUAGUGACGACUCUUUUGGACUGGCAGCCCAACAUUUUGAGAAGGCCUUGGGUGAAUACUUCACUGCCAACAAGGAGUGCAGAGCUCUGUGUGAGGGAGGCUACCGCUUUGAUGGAUACACCUACAUGGAGUACAGUGCAGACCUGUUCCAGGCCAUGACGGAUCACUAUAUGCAGGUGCUGAACUGCGAGCAGCACUGCCCUGUGGAACUGGCCUCUACUGCUGGCAGAGAAGGUCCUUUUGAGGACUUCCUUCCAUCUCACUUCAACUACCUGCAGUUCUCCUACUACAACAGUGAGAAGUAUGAAGAGGCCAUAGAGUGUGCUAAGACCUUCCUGCUGUUCCACCCUGAGAAUGAGAUGAUGACCCAGAAUCUGAACUAUUAUUCUGCUGUGCUGGGCAAGGACAAGGCAGCAGCCAUAUCAGCCAGACAGGUGGUGAAACAGUACAUCCAGCAAUCCAUACUGGAGAAGGAGCUGCUCUACUUUGGAUAUGAAGCUUUUGGAAUCACAUUUUUAGAUCCGGACACUUGGACUCCAGAGGAUGUCAUGCCAAAGAAGCUGAGAAACAAACACAAGGCCGACAGAGAGACUGCAGCAAGGAUCACAGAGGAGAUAGGAAACCUGAUGAAGGAGAUUGAGACUCUGGUUGAGGAGAAGAAGAAAGAUUCUUCAGAUAUGACCAAGAUGAUUGUACCACAAGAAGGGGGGGGCGUGUGGUAUGAUAAUAUCAAGGUGACCAUGAUGUCCAAGCAGCUAAAUGGUUCUCAGCGGGUGCUGCUGGAUGAGGUGAUCAGCGCUGAUGACUGCAGAGAGCUGCAGCGCUUGUCCAAUGCUGCUGCACUAAAAGGUGACGGCUACAGUGGGCACCCAUCCCCACACACACCCAGUGAGAUGUUUCAGGGGGUCACCAUCCUGAAGGCUAUCAAGCUUGGACAGGAGGGAAAGGUCCCUCUGAAGAGCGCUCGCUUGUUCUUUGACCUCAGUGAGAAAGUGAGAAAGGUGAUGGAGUCCUACUUCCAACUGGCCACACCUCUCUACUUCUCCUACUCCCAUUUGGUGUGUCGCUCUGCUAUCGAUGGAAAGCAGGAGGACCGGAAGAACCUGAGCCAUCCUGUUCAUGUGGACAACUGUGUGCUGGUUUCUGAGCUCAAACAAUGUAAAAAAGAACCUCCUGCAUACACUCACAGAGACUACAGUGCCAUCCUGUAUCUAAAUGAUGACUUUGAGGGAGGAGAGUUUAUUUUCACAGAGCUGGAUGGAAAAACAGUUACCGCUGAGGUGCACCCCCGCUGUGGUCGUGUUGUUGGGUUUGGAGCAGGGGAAGAAAACCCUCAUGGUGUCCAAGCUGUCACUAAAGGUCAGAGAUGUGCUGUGGCUCUGUGGUUCACCUUGGAUCCUACUCAUGAAGAAAAGGAGAGAAUCCAGGCUCGGGAUAUGCUGAACAUGUUUUCUACACCUAUAAAUAAAGACUUCAACCAUCAAGAUUCUAAAGACUCUUUUGAGUCUGGGCCAGCUCGUCCACAGGCUGACCAGGUGGCAACAGAUAAACAAGAAAAGAAAUUGGACAUACAUUCUGACACUUUAGCAGAACAAUCAGCCAAUCAGCUCAAGGGUGUGGAUGGAAAAAAGACCACCAAAGCAGCCGCUAAGGGCAAAGCUUCGUCCAAAGCAGGACAACAAACCAAGGCUACACCUGCAGCUAAAGAUGCAAAACAGAAAGUAAAGCAUAUUGAUAAAAAAGGUGCUAUUCCCGCUGUUAAAAAGAUGAUAAAAGGCACCUCUAAGAAGGACUCAAAUUCAGCCUCAGACAAUGAAAGUGGAAAAGAUGAGCUGUAACGUGUAGCUCUAAAUGUCUUCUUUUUAACAAAGUAUUUUCUGCAGGUGGUUAAAUAAAAGGAAUUGGUUUGUUACCUCA